CUUUUUUUUUACUGGUUUUACUGGGACUGUGGAACAAUGCAGCUGAGUGCUGCGCAGCCGAACCUCUGACAUGGAGAAAAGCUUCACAGAAGAUGACUGCGUGGACUCAGGAGCCGAGACUGGAGGGUCUGAUUACAGUCCCUUGUCCUCAACGAGCAGUGAGUUAUCGAUGGGCGAGCUCCAGGAUCCAUUCCUCGUCAGCGUCCACCUCAUCGCCGACCCCGGCCAGGGAAAGUUCCUGCAGCGAGCUGCUGAUGCAGUCCUGGCCUGGGUUCACCCUGAGCUGCAGCUCUUCAGAGUCUCUGAACGGGCUUCCGUCUCCCAGCGGUCUCGGCCCAAACGCCACCAAAAUGGCAGCCCGGUUGCAGGUUGCCAGCCGGCUCUGGCGGUCAUCCUCUUCUUGCAGGAGGCGUACGGUGGUGAGGAGCACAUACUGAUGCUGCACCGCGCUCUGCAGAGGCCGCCUUGGCGCUACCACCACACCGAGAAGGUCAGCAAUGGCCGCCGGAUGCUGCCUCUGACGCCAUGCAGUCAGGACUUCUUCACUCUGUCUUCUGGGACGCCGCUCUGGGCCGUACGGCAGGUCCACUAUGGGAAGGAAAUUGUGCGAUUUACAGUUUAUUGCCGUCACGAAAAUUAUGCUGACAUGGUGCGGCUGUACAAGCUGCUGCUUCAGCGGAGGGUCGCGCAGAAGAAGGAGGACUUUUGCUUCUUCGUGGUGUACUCCAACCCUGACAUGGAGAUCCAGCUGUCGUUUAAGAGGCUCCCACGCGGUCAGAGUCCUGUGGUGCUGGAGUCGGCGGUGAUGGAGGUGAGGGUACGAGAUGUUGGAGUGCUGGUGCCUCUGUUGCCUCACCCCUGCAGCCCCAUCAGCGAGGUCCGCUGGCAGACGGAGGACUACGACGGAAACAAGAUCCUGCUGCAGGUCCAAGGUACACACUUCAAACACCGACAGGAUCCCCGCCAUAUAUCAUCCACCGUCACUGAAUCAGCCUCGGCUCCGUCCACCUUCACCCGCAGCGCCGCCUCCUACAGGAACCACCGUUACCAUCACCGGUCCACGUCGCGUCCCAGAGUCCACCAGACAUCCCAGGGCUCCUUGCCUCUGGCCGGGGAGGAUCCGGACGAGCAGGAUCAGUGGUCCGACCGGCACCAUCCUGACAGCUGGAGGUCCCAGUGGAGGGGCCACCGGUCCGGAUCCCUCUUCUCCCUCCCCAACAUGGGCUCAGCCAGCUCCAGGUCCACCUGCUCCUCUCCUGGGCCUCCUCCCAGCCCCCAUCACCGGAGCCACUCCCUCCACCGGAGCUCCUCCCUCGUCCCGCCCUUCCGCCUCAACGUGGACGCCCUGAUCGGGGCAGAGGAGACGGAUGUGGACACCGGGGACAAAGUGAAUCCGGGCAGCAGCGUGGACCUCACAGUGGUGUCUGCGUACACCAAAUCCAGCCUGCCACAGACUUCUCGGCCUUUAUCAGCCCCUCCAGAGGACAUCAGACCCUCCUUCUCUCCUGUCAUCCCAGAGAACAGCUACAAGUCAGCCACACUGGGCCGGACUCCCAACAGCUUCUCCCUCAAAAGCACUCCGUCUACCUUGCGGGGGUCACGACCCCAAAGCAGCGUGACGACACUGUCAUCUUCUAGCAACGUCUCCAUAAACCAGUCAGACAGUUGCAGCAUUAUUAGUGCAGCAGUUGAAGAAGUAGACAAGGCAGAAGAAGAAGAAGAGCAAGAAUUCUACAUCUGAUCUCCUGUUAAAGGCUGAGAGAACUUUUUGUAACUGGUAAUGACUUCAGUGCUAAAAUGCAGCUCCGCUCUGCCCCCUGGUGUUGGUUUAGUAGUACAACUACAGGAACGUGACAGUACAAACUGGAGCACAGCACAAAGUUUGUCAGAUGUUCUUAAGUGUUUGCUUUCUCGCAUGUAGAUAAACGCUUUGUAAAUGUGCAGAAACAUAUUACGCAUUUAACGGACCAAUCACAUAACUGUGUACAGAAACACUAUUCAAUAAAAGAAAAUUCGCUCCCUUUCAA